AAGAUAGAAAAUGACAAGUUUCAUUUCUUAAGAAACUUUGUAAUAAAAAAUGUGGUUUCAAAUAAUUAAUUAAAAAGUAAAAAAAAAUUCUAAACAAAUCUGUAUUGACAAAAAAAAGUCAUUGUUUAACUUUUUGGACACGUAUUGAGAGCCUUACGAAAGCUGAAGAAAUUUUUUUGUGUGACGCGUGUGUGUGUGCAUGUGUGAUUAAAGAAAUUCUUUUUGGUUGAAUAGUGAAGAAAAAACCUUAAAUGUAAAUGUGAACUGUUUACUGAUCUGUUUUUUGCUCUUAUUAGUUUUACUGGGAGCUAUGCCAUCUGACUGCUUAUAGAUUUCGCAAACGAGGCAUUACAUGAAAAGUACAUUAGAAAAAAAAUCAAUAAAUUGAAGUGUUUUAGCUUUGAAUAAUAUCAACAACAAUAAUAGUAGUAACUAAGAAUUCCGAUUGUUACAAGUGUUACUUGAAUGCUUUUAUAAAUUAAGGGGUGUUUUUAUUUAUUAUUUCUCAAUAUAUUAACAACCUUUAUUUUAAGGGGCGUCGAUUUUGUAAAUCAAAUAAUUAAACCUUGAAAUUUUGGUUCAGUUACUAGGUCAAAGUGUUUUUGGCGAAAAAGUAACAUUAUCUUGCUUUUACUUGCUUUAAUUUCCAGUUGUCAAAAUCUAAUCACACUUUGCAUGAGCAGAGAAUACGGAUAAGAAAACAAAAUAAGAAUUUAAUUUUAAUAAGAAAAUAAAAAGAAAUUUACUGGCUUUACCUAGACGUUAAAUAAAUUAAAACAGCAGACAUCAUGUCUAUGGCUGGACAGACUAUCAACGAUCGGUUGUUGGCCGCACGGCACAGUCUCGCUGGUCAAGGUUUGGCCAAAUCUGUGUGCAAAGCGACAACAGAAGAGUGCAUUGGACCUAAGAAAAAACACUUGGAUUAUCUGGUGCAUUGCACAAAUGAGCCUAAUGUCUCGAUACCGCAUUUGGCCAACUUACUUAUUGAGCGAUCACAAAAUACCAACUGGGUGGUGGUCUAUAAGGCUCUAAUAACAACACAUCACUUAAUGGCGUAUGGGAAUGAGCGUUUUAUGCAGUAUUUAGCGUCAUCAAAUUCCACAUUUAAUUUAAGUAACUUUCUGGACAAAGGCGGAGUACAAGGUGGCAUGUCGGUACCGGGUGGAAGAAUGGGUUAUGAUAUGUCACCGUUUAUACGACGCUAUGCUAAAUAUUUAAAUGAGAAAUCUUUAUCUUAUCGUGCUAUGGCGUUUGAUUUCUGUAAAGUUAAGCGUGGAAAAGAAGAAGGUUCAUUGCGUACCAUGAAUGCUGAUAAAUUAUUGAAAACCCUGCCAGUGUUACAGGCUCAAUUGGACGCGCUACUUGAAUUCGAUUGUCAGGCCAAUGAUUUAACAAAUGGUGUCAUUAAUAUGUCGUUUAUGUUAUUGUUUCGUGAUCUCAUACGUUUGUUUGCUUGUUACAAUGACGGCAUUAUAAAUUUAUUGGAAAAAUAUUUCGAUAUGAAUAAAAAGCAUGCUCGCGAAGCUUUGGAUUUAUAUAAAAAAUUUCUAGUGCGUAUGGAUCGUGUUGGCGAAUUUUUAAAAGUGGCGGAGAAUGUCGGUAUUGAUAAGGGUGAUAUUCCGGAUUUAACUAAAGCACCCAGCUCAUUACUGGAUGCUCUAGAACAACAUUUGGCUGCUUUGGAAGGACGUAAAGUAUCUGCUGCCAAUACACCGACUCAAUCAGCCAGCAACCAAAAGAACUUUAAAUCCGCUGUCUCUGCCCUCUCUACUACUAGCACUGCUUUCGGUUCAGCUGCGGCUUCUAGUAAAUUUGAUAAUAGCAACGGCAUCGAUGAACAGUUAAAAGCUCAGGCAUUGGCUGAUGAAGAAGCGGCCAUGAAUCAAUAUAAAUCGAAAGUAUCAUCGCCCACCAGCGGCGGUGCUGGUGCCAACGCCGCAUUAACAAAUCCUUUCUUAUCGUCACCACCAGCUACGGGAGCUGGUGCUCCGAUAGUUGAUUUGUUUGGUGCUGCUACGGCUCAGCCAGGUACAGCUGGCUCCACCGCUGCUGCUGGCUCCGCCACGAAGGCUUCAGAUGAUUUAUUACAAUUGGGUAAUCCCUUUGCUGAUAUGUUUGAUGCCCCUGGUGCAGCAGCUGCCACAGGUGCUAAUAAUAUUUGGAUGCAUAAUAAUGGUUUCAAUGGUUCUUCAGUACCUUCGGCGGCCGCCAACGCAUUUGUCUCUGAUAGUAAUUUCUCAUCGGUCUUUGGUAAUACCGAACCGGCCGGAGCAGCAUUACCAAAUCCCUUUUUUGAUUCAAUGGAACCCCAGUCUUUAUUUAAUAUUACCACAAAUUCCACCAAUACCAUCAACACCACUUCCAAUAUCGUCACUUUGUUUACGACAUCAGCAAACUCCAUCGCCACAACCUCAACCAUCAAUAACAAUACCACAAUGAUUCCUACUAUCUGCUCUACCAACAUCCAAAAUACGUCGUCAACGACUACCAAUUCGAAUCUGUUUAUGACAACUAGUAUGUCAUCUAAUCAACCAACAUCUCCGCCACCAGGCUUUGAUGCUUUGGGUGAUGUAUUGAAACCCGGCAUAACAACGUCAGCAAAUCAAACAAAUGUUGUUACUUCAGGUGGCGUUAUGCAAGAUCACCAGCAAUUGCAACAACAACAACAACAACAGCAGCAACAACAACAACAACAAACAGCCACAACCGGAAAGAUCCUAACCGGCGACCUGGAUAGUUCUCUAAUGUCAUUAGUAGAAAAUUUAAAUAUUAACAAAUCGGCUACUAGUACAAAACCUGUGCAAUGGAAUUCACCGAAAAAUACAGCGAAACCCGGUGCUAAUUGGACACCGCAACCUAUGGCUGCCACAACUGGCGCUGGCUAUCGUCCAAUGGCACAUGGCAUGACUGUAAGUCCUGCGCCAAUCACAAUUAAUCAUCCGUAUGUACAUGCUAGUUAUCCUGUUAUACCAAAUUAUAUGCAGCAGGGAAUGCCGGUGAUGGGUCAACCUAUGAUGGGCCAAGCCCCUUUGACUGGGGUAGUGCCGCCGACAAUGACGACUCCACUGAUGGUGCCCAGCAACAGUAAUGUAUCAUCAACGGGCGUAAUACCUUCCACCCAAACCAUACAAAAUAUGAUGCAAGCGAACGGUGGCAAUAAAACUGUACCCUUAGAUCCAUUCGGAGCGUUAUAAAUCUCUUGAAAUUAAACAAAAAAAAAAAAGUAGAAAAAUAUAUAUAUAUAUAUAGAUACUACAAAAAAAC